AUGGCGCUGCCCUUCCUGCCGGAGGCCGAGAUUACGCCGAUGUUUCAGCGGCUCAGAGACCGCGCCACUACCACUGCUCUGGAAGCACUUGCCUUGUACGUAGAGGAGAACUGGAUUACCAGCACAAUGUGGCCUCAAUCCUGUUGGUCUGUCUUCAUGCUGCCGAUCCGCACUAACAACGACAUAGAGGCGUGGCACCACGGUCUUAACAGUAGAGCCAACAACAGAGUCCACUUGCCAUUCUACCUGCUGGUGGAGCUGCUACACCAGGAGGCCAGACUUGUCUCCAUUCAGAUAAGGCUAGUGUCAGACGGGAAGCUGUCCAGGAUUCAGCGGAAGAAGUACCGGCUGCUUCAAUCUAAAAUCUUCAAGCACUGGGAAGACUUUAACGGCAACGAGACUUCUGCCCGCUGCCUUCUCAAACUCUGCAGUUACCUGAACGGCCCGGCGACCAGAACCUGA